CAGUUAGCGAGCGCGUGCGCCAGCACUGAGGCAGCAGUCAGCUUCAUUCACUCAGUGAACCUGAGGCGUUUAUAUCACUGUACAACGGGCCAACAAAGACGCACAUUUCCUCAGAACCGGACCGAAACGGAUCGUAUUAUCACUCCUCAGCUUUGUGGUCAUUUCUCACUUUAUCAACUGUGUUUCUACGUUGAUGCCAUGUGUCAGGCCAGAUAAGGUGUCAGAUGUCAGGUGAGUCUGAGCUGAAGUCUUACCUGUUGGGGGGCGGGUCUGAAGAGGAGGAGGAGAGCGGGUCUCCCUGCGGCACCAUGUCUCACCUGCACAGUAUGGGCAGAGCCUCUGAUGGAAGUGACAGUGGAAAUGACCCUCCCGGUUCCCUGCGUUCCCAUCCACCACUUCAUGAGGAUAUGGAAAUGGGCGGGAACGGCUCGAGCGGGAGCGGCACGGAAUCCCAUGGCAACGAAUCACAUGGCAACGAGUCCCACGGCAACGAGUCCGUAGGAAGUUCUAGUGGUAACAGCAAAGACUCUGCUCUGUUAGAAUCAUCAGGCAGCAACAAGAGUUCGAACUCUCAGAGUCCGUCUCCACCAAGUAGCUCAAACGCCUACAGCCUGGUGAGCUCAGAGCAGGACCAUCCAUCCACCAGUGGCUGCAGCAGCGAGCAGUCAGCAAAGGCCAAGACUCAGAAGGAGCUUUUUAAAACCCUGAAGAAGUUGAAGCUCCACCUGCCUACUGAGAAACGAAGCAAAGGUCGAGCAAGCACGUUACACACACUCCGUUACGCACUGCACUGCGUCAAACAGGUCAAAGCUAAUGAGGAAUAUUAUCAGAUGCUGAUGAUAAACGACAGCCAGCCACCCGGUCUGGACGUUUCCUCGUACACUAUUGACGAGCUUAACAGCAUCACAUCUGAAUACACACUCAAGAACACAGAUAUCUUUGCUGUAGCCGUGUCCCUGAUCACGGGGAAGAUCGUAUAUAUAUCUGAUCAGGCAGCAGCGAUCCUGCAUUGCAGCAAGGACGAGUUUAAGGACAGGAAGUUUGUGGAGUUUCUGACACCGCAGGACGUGAGUGUAUUCUACAGCUUCACCACUCCGUACAGGCUGCCCUCAUGGAGCAUGUGCACCGGGGCGGAGUCCUCAGCUACAGAUUUUGUUCAGGAGAAAUCUUUCUUCUGCAGAAUCAGUGGUGGGAAGGAGAAGGAGGGGGAUCUUCAGUAUUACCCUUUCAGAAUGACACCGUAUCUGAUGAAGGUUCAGGACCCUGAAUUGUCAGAGGAACAUUUCUGCUGCCUCAUACUGGCUGAGAGAGUACACUCAGGAUACGAGGCACCUAGAAUCCCACCAGAUAAAAGGAUCUUCACUACAACUCACACCUCCAACUGUGUGUUCCAGGAUGUUGAUGAGAGGGCAGUGCCUCUGUUGGGGUAUCUUCCACAGGACCUGAUUGGGACCCCAAUUCUUCUUCACCUUCAUCCUGAAGACAGACCACUGAUGCUGGCUGUGCAUCGCAAGAUUCUGCAGUACACGGGUCAGCCAUUUGAUCACUCCUCCAUCCGCUUCUGCACACGGAAUGGCGAGUAUGUUACCAUAGAUACCAGCUGGUCUAGUUUUGUGAACCCCUGGAGUCGCAAAGUGUCGUUUGUCAUCGGACGCCACAAAGUGCGCAUGGGCCCUGUGAAUGAGGAUGUGUUUUCAGCUCCUGCUUACACAGAGGGGAAAAUGAUGGACUCUGACAUUCAAGAAAUCUCGGAGCAGAUCCAUAAAAUCCUGCAGCAGCCUGUUCAUUGUAUGGGCUCCAGUGGUUAUGGUAGUCAUGGUAGCAACGGUUCUCAUGACCAGCUGACCACAUCCAGUGAAAGCAACAGCAAUGGCAAUGUUGUAGCAUGCAACAGCAACUCCGGCCAUGAGGAGAGGAACAAGAGCAAACCGAGGUCAUUCCAGGAGAUCUGUAAAGGUGUUCAGAUGCUAAAGACACAGGAUCAGCAGGCCUCCACUUCUAAAGCUGACCAGAAGAAAGUCACAGAAACAAGCUUAAAGUAUCCAGGAGCGAAGCAGAAAGACUCUGCCCCAGUGGUACGAGGUGGUACUGCAGCAGUAGAGGAGCUCAGGGACCAAACUUUAUACUCCUACCAGCAAAUCAGCUGUCUGGAUAGUGUGAUCAGAUAUUUGGAGAGCUGCAGCACAUCCAUCACACCGAAGAGAAAGUACCAGUUCUCCUCUAACACGACCUCCUCCAACUCAGACGAGGAGAAGAAAGGAUGUGACAUGGCGAUGCCCAGUCCGCAAGAUCCUUUGAAGAGCAAUAAGGAGUCAGAUGUAGUGGGAGGGGCUUUAGCUCCUUUGGCCUUGCCCACAAAAGCAGAGAGUGUUGUAUCCAUCACGUCUCAGUGUUCUUACAGUAGCACUAUUGUACAUGUGGGGGACAAGAAACCACAGCCGGAGUCAGAGAUCAUUGAGGAUGUUGUUGAGAGCCCCACCCCUCCUGUGCAAGUAAAUGUUAUGACUCCACCCACAGCCGAACAGGGAGCCUAUAGGAAACUGGGCCUGACCAAACAGGUGCUGGCGGCUCAUACGCAAAAGGAGGAACAGGCGUUCCUGAGUCGCUGCAGAGACCUCAGUCAUACAUCGCUGCAGAAACCCUGUUCAGACUUCCUGGAGAGAGACGGGGAACACACUAUUAAUGGUCCAUCUGUAACUCAUCCGGCCAAACCCGGCACAUGUGGAGCAGAACCGACCACAAAAAAGAGCAGUCGAACAAGAAAGUCAAAGAAACCUAGGAUAAAAAAACCUGACUCAUCAGACAGCGCUGUCUCUCAGCGCAGACUUCGUCCUCCUCUUCAGGGUCUGAACCAGACGUCAUGGUCACCAUCAGAGGCGUCGCAGUCUGCUUUCUCAGUGCCGUACCCUACCAUAGUUCCUGGUUACAGUUUUUACCCUACUACACUGCCCCCUGCUGGUGACCGUGGUUCAGAUGCCCCAAAUACAGAGGCUCCGCCCAGUGCUCCCCAGUUCCCAGCCCCAAUGGUCACACCACUGGUGGCAUUUGUUUUACCCAAUUAUAUGUUCCCUCAGCUUAGCAUGGCACGCCCACCUUUCUACCCGGAGCAGCAGCCGGUUGUCAAUGUUCAGCACAUGCAUCCGAACUACAACAACCAAAAUCAUUUACAACCUCAACAAACACAACCAAACUACACAACCCAGCAGCCUCAACAAUCUUACACUGUCCAGCAACCGUUUACACCACAACCUGUUUACGUGACUCAGAAUCCCUUUCAACCCCAAGCUCCAUUCACCCCCCCACAGCCUUUCCAGAUGCAGUUUGUUCCACAGACACCACUCCCAUACCAGAUGACCUCUGACUCCAGGCUUUCUGUUCCUGAAUCAGCCGAGGUUCCUUCCUCGUCUCCUCUGUCUCGUUCUCCGCCGCUGUUUGCCUCUCACUGCAGCUCUCCAUUACAGCUUGAUCUCCUGCAGCUGGAGGACAAAGCAGACUCGCACAGCACUGCUCCACCCUCAGGAUCCCGGGGGAACUGCAGCUCAGCGCAGGAGAAAAGCAACACUGCCACUGACAUGCCACAGCCAUGUUGUGUUGAAGACGGAGUACCGAGUGAUGCCCUCUCAUCGUCCAGUGAGCUGAUGGAUCUACUGAUGCAGGAGGACUCGGGUUCAGCCACAUCCACAUCCACAGGCUCCGCCUCCAACGGCUGUAACACCUCCAACAGUGGCACAGGGAGCAGUAAAUAUUUUGGAAGUGUGGAUUCUUCUGAGCAUGAGCACAAGGUAAAAAGGAAAGAAGAUGGACAAAACUUAAAAUAUGUCCUUCAGGAUCCUCUCUGGCUGCUCAUGGCCAACACGGAUGAGAAAAUCAUGAUGACGUAUCAGGUACCAUCACGGGACAUGGACAAGGUUUUACGGGAGGAUCGAGAGCGUUUGCGGCAGCUGCAGAAGAAUCAGCCCCGUCUCACCUCGGAUCAGAGACGAGAGCUCAUAGAGCAGCACCCAUGGAUGAGACGAGGAGGUUUACCUAAAGCCAUCAAUGUCAAGGAUUGUUUAUACUGCGAAAACGACGCCAGUACUCUGUUAGAAGAGGAAAUGCCUGAAAUGGACCUUGGCAUUCUGGGAGGAGACGUUGUGCCAGAAGAAAGCAUGUCACACAUACAGGAAGUGGAAGAACAUCCUUCCAGUGUUUCCUAGCAACUCCCAAAAACGUAAAACGAGUUUGCUUUUAGAGAAUAGGAUCUUCUGUGUCACACUACACACAACACACAAACAUUACACUGCCCAGACUUCUUUUUAUGCCAAAUAACCUCAGUAUACCUUUAAGAGUGUGUGUGUGUGUGUGUGUGUGUGUGUGUGUGUGUGUGUGUGUGUGUGUGUGUGUGUGUGUGUGUGUUUUGAGCUUUCAGAUCAGUUCAUUAACAUUAAUACACUGUGAUAUGAGGAAUGAUCAUAUUUGUUAGAACUGGUGUGACAUAAAAAUAGAAUUAAAAUGUGCAAUGUAAAAUGUAAAAUUUAAGUUUAUUGAAUGUGGCAAAAGUUUGAAUAAAAGUAGUGCAGACUGUAGAAACUAUAAGCUGUGUUUUAUUAUUCAUACCACAAAAUGUCCACAUUUACACACAGGACCAAAAGAUACUUGCUGUUUUUAAAACAAAUCUAUGAUGAAUAAAUGCUGUUUUUUGCGAGGUUUAGUUUUUUAUUUUAUGUUUCUGUUUUAGAUUUUAGUCAUGUUUAUUUUUACGUAUACAUCUGGUACUUUUGAUAUAUAUCUGUGUUUAUUGUUACUUUUAAUUGGAGUCUUAGAUGUUUAUUUAUCUAAACUCUGUGCUGCUAUUCGCUACUCUGCUGUGUCUAAAGCAACACUGUGUUAAUGAAGCUGACGAUCACAUCUGUUACUUCCUGUGUGUGAGAGUUUUGUGGUGUAAAAGAUGAAUAAAAAAUGCAGCAUGAGCUCUGCACUGCUUUAUUCAA